GAUUUUACACAAUCUGCUGACGAUCAGCAAGACUGAAUGAAUGAUUGCCUCAAGAAACCUCAUUAUAGUAAUUUGGAUGAGUGAACAGCAGUGAAAUGCGAAAAGAAAAAAGGAUAGCUGCUGCUUGAAUGCAUCUCUUACUGAUACUUGACUCUAAAUCUAUCCAGAGCCAGCACAGGGAAAGGAUCAGAUAUCUUUGCCUUACUUUCUUUGAAACCUUUGAUGGAGGUUGAUGCCCUUCGGGAGAAAGAAGAAGCCUACUAAAGCAGAUAUACCUGUCUGACUGUGAAGGUGUGGAUCAUGGAAGAACAAUCGUUAAACAACAGCAUCCUUGAUCAAUUUAUUAAUAGCCAUGAGCAGUCAUAUGACGAGUUUCUAAACUCGUUCACUUAUAUUUUGAAAGAGGAAGAGGGGAAGACGAUUCAAGGAUGUAAAAAUUCUUUAAGAAAAACAUUUUCUACUUCUGAGUUCUCAAACAGAGAUAAACAGGAUGGCUCACCUGGACGAAGCAAAGAAAUAUCAAUGCGCCUCCCACCACAGACGCCAAAUGAGAAUGAGGCAGUCAUGAAUGAGAACUGGAAAGCUGGUGGCUCUGAUGGAAAUGAUCUUGGUCUAUAUGAAAGAGCGAAGGUGAACAAGUACUUAGACACAGGCACAGAUGAAGAGACAUGCAGUGGUAUUUUUACUUUAUGCUUCAGGAGAUUCACGUUAAGGCAGAUGCAUUGCAAAGAUUCCUUAUGCCCAAUGUGUAAGAGGGUGAAACUCCAGGAAAAGAGAAUUGAAAUGGGCUGCCCAGGGUCAUUAGUUCUUCCAGGACAGGUGGAACAGACAGUGACUUGCUGUACACCAGCUUUUGAUAAGCCUGUUCAGCGAAAGUUCGGAACCUUGUUGGUGCCACAGCCAUUGGACAGCAAAACGCAAGAGCUACUAGGGGAUGAUGUUCAACCAUUCUUACUCGAUGAAGAAUUUGAUUAUGACAAUGUGGCAUUGACCCCAAAGUUCUCUGAAGCCGAGCUGAAGGCCAUUAUAGAAUUGUCUGAAGAGAAGAAGAGAGGACAGAUGUCAAGUCCAGCAGGAGCUGAAGACUGAAUCAGAUGCAUCCUGAGUGACAUUGUGUGCAGUGCUGGUGAAAAACAUUUUAGGGGGUAAAUCUAGCUUCUGGUUUUACCCUUAGUGUUUUUAUCUGUGUGGGCAGUAAAUGACAUCGUUAGGAUUUUUUUUAUGUGUUUCACCAAGGUGCCUUGGAGCCUGAGGCUGCCUUUAUACCUUCUUCUAGUCCAAAUGAAAGCACAGAACAGGGAGAUAGUGCUUGCUCAGAGUUGCUUGUUUAGUAGCCCUUCAGCCAGCGAGGAACUUUUACUAUCUUUUUGUAUUCUGUACACUGAUUUGCCUUGGCAUUCAGGUUGGCUAAGGAGGUCUCUUUUGGUACCUAAACCCCAUGGGAUUUUUGAAUAUAUUAGUAGCCUUUAAUAUUCUUAUCCCCAGUGCUUAGCUUCUUUGCUGUUUUCCAGGUGGUACAAGGCAGUUGGAAAGAUGUCUCAAACAACAGCUAUGAAUUCUCUUUUGUAAAAAAAGAAAAAAAAAAAUCCUUUACUGGAGUGAAGCCCAUGUUGCCUCAGUCUAGGCAUGCUGGAAUAAUUGCUCCAUAGGACCAAAACAAGCUGGCAUGAUUCAGAAUAGCUGUAUGGCUACUCUGGCUUACAUUUGGUACUGACUAGUCCAGAGGUAGUCCUAAAGCUGCCUUUGCCUAUUCUUUCAGUAAUGCAAGUAACAGCUUUUUGCAGCUGACGCAUCAGUCUAUAAACUUUUCCCCUGUCAUUAUAAGAUUUAAAGAUACAGAGUUAUAACAGGGAAUAAAUCUGGGGAUGGUUUUUUCCUCUGUUCUGAGUUACUUUAGUUCUGCAGAGAAAUAAAUAUUCCUGUUUCCAAUAAACUUUUUCGAACGAGUUGAUCAAAAUUGAUGUUGUAUAACUACUGACAAUUAAACAUGUACUGCUACAAAAACCCUUCCAGACAGAGAAAAAUAUAGUGGUCUAAUCUAUUAAAGAAAUUGGCAUUGAAAGGCUGUCAGAUUUAACUUUUUUUUGCAGUAGAUGGUUCCAGAUACUAGUUUAUGGUUUAUACUCAGCAUCACUGAAAUACAGUAAGCUUUGGAGCUUAGUAGAGUACACACAGUAUGAGCGGGAGAGAAGAAUGUGCAUCUUUGGCACAAGAUAGUAUGAACUUGUGCCACAAGAUGUUUGGAAUUUAUUUUUUUAGCUUACUGUAGAAGCUUUGCUCAUGCGGCUUGGUUUAACAUCACAAUUCUGGAUUGUAUGACUGGUCUUUCUGGUAUUACUCCAUUAGCUAAAGUUGAUUGAUUGACCAACAUCUUGCCCUUGGCUUAUCUCCAUUAUUUCUGAAGUGUGUGAUUAAAGUGAUGAAUAUGGGAACAGUGCCUAAGUAGAGACUAGAGACCAAACCACAAGUUGUUUAAAGACUCUGAGUGAAAUCCCUGCAGUUGAUUGGCUGCUCCAUUGUCAGAAAUAUAAGAAAACAAUUAAAGUGUUUUGAUGUUCCAAAGGAAAUUUUUUUUUGAUCAGUAACUUUCUAGACUGUAACCUUGCACCACUGAAAUCUGAAUAGCAUUUGUUUUGAGGAAUGGUAUUUACCUCAAUUAGAGGGAUGUAACUUAAGGGGUAGGUUAACAGCAACAACAAUAACAACAACAACAACAACAACAAAAGUAAGCUAAGGUAAGAUGAUAAGAAGAGUGCUGUAAAACUAUGAGUAUGUUGUACAGAAGAACUGAUCUGUACAGGAUCUUGCUGUAGAAGGUAAUGAGAAAUAUAUUCUUAACAUCUACACACAAAAUACCUGUGCUAUAGUUGAAAUAGAUUUUGAUACAAUUGAUUGUGUAGUAGAUUUUGCUGACGUUUGGGAAACUUUUUUUUUUUAAUUGGACAGACUUAAAUUCAAUGAAGCAUUUUGUUGAACCAAGAUAUUUUGAAUGAAGUUCUUGAGAUCUGACCAACUGGAAUUUUCCAAUGAAACAUUUGGAUAAAAAAUCCUGAGCAGGUCUGUUUUUUAAAUUAUCUUAUUCUUGAAGUUGCAGAUGAUGUGUAUAAAUGGGAGGGAUAAGAAAGAAGUUCUUGUAGAGCUGCACGAGGAAGAAAUAGAAAACUGCUGUACAAAAAUAUCAAGGUCAGCCUUUAAAGGCAUCAACAGAAAAACAAGGAAUGCAACCUCUUAACAUACAUAUGUAUAGCAAAGAUACAGCAAAGGAACCUUUAGUCUAAGACCUCUGUGUAUAAUUUGCUAUUCUGAAAACAAAGAAUCAACCAUAAAUAAAGACAGGCUUUUGUGGGUUUGUGGAAUGAUUUAAUGAAGAUAAUAAAUUUGGCACUCUUUAUAUUCUUUUAGAAAGGUAUGAGGCACAAAAGCUGUAGAUCAGUCCUGCUGGAGUCCUAUUGCCAGUAUAGUCAAUGAGAACUUGUCCAGGGGUUCAUAAUGAUCUUCAGGCCAAAUCAGCUCUGGAAACUCUUAAGUGCAUUUUCUAUUCAUUUCAUUAACGAUUUUUCUCUGUGCAUUAGGGAUACAUCCAGCCAUUCACUUCCUUCUCUCACAGGCAGAUGAUUCGCUUACCAAAUGUUCAGAGUACCUAUUAUGCUCCAUAAGUGUCAUUCAGUAUAGUCAUUAUAUGGUUCCGUUUGAUA